GGAAGACAGCAGCAGAUGCAAUCGCGGAUGUGGCUUAGUCCUCGCAGCUGCCCCGGAGAGCUGUGCAGAGUACGAGCCCCAGUCAUGAAUCGAGAAGAACGCGUUGUGACAUGGCUUAUAUCUUUGGGAGUUUUAGAGUCUCCCAAAAAGACCAUCUGUGAUCCAGAGGAGUUCCUGAAGUCCUCGCUGAAAAAUGGGGUGGUGUUGUGCAAACUCAUCAGCAGACUCCUGCCUGGUUCGGUGGAGAAGUAUUGUCUGGAGCCCCAAACUGAAGACGAUUGUAUCAACAACAUCAGUGACUUCCUGAAAGGAUGUGCAACUCUUCAAGUGGAAGUUUUUGAGCCCGAUGACCUUUAUUCAGGGGCCAAUUUCUCCAAGGUUCUGAGCACUCUUUUAGCUGUCAACAAAGCAACAGAAGAUCAGCUAUCAGAAAGACCAUGUGGACGGUCGUCUUCUCUUAGCGCUACUGCUACCAACAGUGCCCCACCAAACCCACAGACAACAGUUCCCAGCACCACUCCAGCGCAGCAAAGUCAGGCAAAGGCAGUGGAAAUGACGGAAAAUGGAAGUCACCAGUUGAUAGUAAAGGCAAGAUUCAACUUCAAGCAGACUAAUGAAGAUGAACUGUCAGUGUGUAAAGGCGACAUCAUUUAUGUCACUCGAGUUGAAGAAGGAGGCUGGUGGGAAGGCACAUUAAAUGGGAGAACAGGAUGGUUCCCUAGUAAUUAUGUCCGAGAAAUUAAACCCAGUGAGAGACCUCUGUCCCCUAAAGCUGUCAAAGGAUUUGACGCCGCUCCACUUACCAAGAAUUACUACACUGUGGUGUUGCAGAACAUCUUGGAUACUGAAAAAGAAUAUGCCAAAGAACUUCAGUCGCUUCUGGUUACUUACCUGAGACCCUUGCAGUCUAACAACAACCUUAGUACUGUGGAGUUUACUUGUUUAUUGGGAAACUUUGAAGAAGUGUGCGCCUUCCAACAGACGCUCUGCCAAGCCUUGGAAGAAUGUUCAAAGUUUCCAGAAAACCAGCACAAAGUAGGAGGCUGUCUACUGAACCUCAUGCCUCAUUUUAAAUCGAUGUACCUGGCUUACUGUGCAAAUCAUCCUUCAGCAGUCAACGUGCUCACUCAGCACAGUGAUGAUCUAGAACGAUUCAUGGAAAAUCAAGGUGCAGCCAGCCCAGGUGUCCUCAUUUUAACGACAAGCCUCAGCAAGCCAUUCAUGCGACUGGAGAAGUAUGUUACUCUCUUGCAAGAGCUGGAGCGACAUAUGGAGGACACUCAUCCGGACCAUCAAGACAUCCUGAAAGCAAUCAUAGCAUUCAAAGCACUCAUGGGGCAGUGCCAAGAUCUGAGAAAGAGAAAACAACUGGAAUUGCAGAUCCUUUCGGAACCUAUUCAGGCAUGGGAAGGAGACGAUAUUAAGAGCCUGGGGAAUGUGAUCUUCAUGUCGCAAGUGAUGGUGCAGUACGGAACCUGUGAGGAAAAAGAGGAACGAUAUUUUAUGCUGUUUUCAAAUGUCUUGAUAAUGUUGUCUGCAAGUCCUCGGAUGAGUGGCUUUAUCUACCAGGGAAAAAUACCAGUAGCAGGGAUGGUGGUGAACAGAUUAGAUGAAAUUGAAGGGAAUGACUGCACAUUUGAAAUCACAGGUAACAUGAUAGAGAGAACUGUGGUCUAUUGCAACAAUAGCCAGGACUUCCAGGAAUGGCUGGAGCAGCUGAACAGACUGACCAGAGGACCAGCCUCUUCCAGCUCAUUGUCUAAGACCUCGUCAUCAUCCUGUAGUGGGCAUUCGUCUUUUAGCUCUACUGGACAGCCCCGAGGACCCUUGGAGCCUCCUCAAAUUAUAAAACCGUGGAGUUUAAGUUGCCUACGACCUGCACCUCCACUUAGACCAUCAGCAGCACUAGGUUAUAAAGAGAGGAUGUCUUAUAUCUUAAAGGAAUCUAGUAAGAGCCCCAAGACAAUGAAGAAGUUUCUUCACAAAAGAAAGACAGAGAGAAAAGCCUCUGAGGAAGACUACGUGAUUAGGAAAAGUACAGCUGCUCUGGAAGAGGACGCUCAGAUUCUUAAGGUGAUUGAAGCCUACUGCACCAGCGCCAGUUUUCAACAAGGCACUCGGAAAGAUUCUGUCCCACAAGUGCUACUCCCUGAGGAAGAGAAACUCAUUAUUGAAGAAACCAGAAGUAACGGGCAGACCAUCAUCGAAGAAAAGAGCCUUGUUGAUACUGUGUACGCCUUGAAGGAUGAGGUCAAAGAACUGAAGCAGGAGAAUAAGAGAAUGAAGCAAUGCCUGGAAGAAGAACUGAAGUCGAGGAAGGACCUAGAAAAACUGGUCCGGAAGCUGUUGAAGCAAACCGAUGAGUGUAUUCGAGCUGAAACCAGCAGCAAGACCUCAAUUCUCCCAUAACCGUCACUGUGCAGCUGAGCACUCAUUGAAAUAGCCAGCUGAAUUUGA